AGACAAAUGUCCCUGUCUCAUUAGUUCUGUUUGCAGGAAAAUAUCAUCUGUCUAUAAUAAUACUAGUAAUUACUAGUUAUUAUUAGUACCAUAAGAAUAAUUACACAUGUUAUUAUGAUUAGAAUUAUUUUUGUUGUCAUUAUUGUUAUUUUAAUUAUAAUUAAGACCAAUAAAAUGAGAGGGAGAUACAAAGGAAUAGACAGAGAGAGAAAGGGAGAGAGAGGGGGAGAGAGGUAGAGACCCAAGGGGAGAGAGGUAGCGGUAGAGAGAGAGCAAGAGCUAGAGAGAGAUGUAGAGAGAAAGAGACAGAGGUAGAGACAGAGAGACGGGGAGAGAGAGAGAUGUAGAGAGACAAAGAGAGGUAGAGGUAGAGGUAGAGAGAAAGAGAGAAGUAGAGAGAGAGAGGUAGAGAGACAAAGAGAGGUAGAGGUAGAGAUAGAGAGGUAGAGAGAAAGACAGAGAAGUAGAGAGAGAGAGGUAGAGAGACAAAGAGAGGUAGAGGUAGAGAUAGAGAGGUAGAGAGAAAGAGAGAGAAGUAGAGAGAGAGAGGUAGGGAGACAAAGAGGGAGAAGGAGAGAGAGAGAGAGAGAGAGAGAGAGAGAGAGCAGGCGUGCACUGGAUAUCUGACUCAAUCCGUCUGUUCUUGGAUCAUUCAGCAGCUUUCUGCCUCUUUCUGCACUGGCCGUCUCUUCUCUUCGUUCUACCUACAUCCUCAAGCCGCCGGCGUCAGUGGAAUGUUUCAAUCCCCUCUGAUAUUUAGGUUAAUCUGAUUAUGAAAAUUAACUUUGAGACUCUUCUUCAUCAAUGACAGCCAAGAUGGAGACUCCUUUCUACCACGAUGACUCCACCGUCGCCGCUGGCUUCAGCCAGUUCGCAGAAUAUGACCGUUACCCAGGAAACAAGGUACUGAUGAGUAAGAAGGCCGUGUCCGUGGUGGCCAGUCAUCAUUUCCCCAGCAGUGGGGCAGCAGGAGGGAGAGUCAUGAACCACCACAAUGCUGGGCUCACCUGCAAUAGCUCUUUAAUGACAUCAGUUGUGCCUUCUGCGGACGUUAGCUUGCUAAAGCUGGCAUCCCCCGACCUGGAACACCUGAUCCUCCAGUCAAACCAGGGACAUGUCACCACCAGCCCCGUGUCAAACUCCAGCAAUCCCUUCACAUACCGCAACCAGGCCACCAACGAGCAAGAAGGAUUUGCUGAUGGCUUUGUCAAAGCACUCGCUGACCUUCACAAGCAGAACCAGCUGGUAGGAGGCGCUCACAUGUCACCGUCCUCACCCUCCAGCGUCUCCCUGCAAGCAUCCUAUCAGAGGAGCCUGAUGCCUGGAGGAGACAUGCCUAUCUACACCAAUCUCAGUAGCUACAAUCCAGGCCACCUGCCAUACCCUGGGGGGCAGAUAGCAUACGUUAGUAGCUCUGGCCAAGGCGGUGGUGGAGCCCCUCAAACCCAAAUGCGAAGCCUGGACACCCCUCAGAUCGUCCCCGAGGCGCCUCACCUGCCGGGUGACUCCAUGUCUCCGCCCUCCCUCGCCCCGAUUGACCUUGAGACACAUGAGCAGAUCAAAGCAGAACGCAAGAAGCUCCGCAACCGUAUUGCAGCGUCCAAGUGCCGCAAGCGAAAGCUGGAGCGUAUUUCGCGGCUGGAGGAGAAAGUGAAGGUUCUGAAGAACCAAAACUUGGACUUGGCCUCCACCGCUGAAAUGCUAAGACAGCAGGUCACACAGCUCAAAGUGAAGGUCAUGAGUCACGUCACAAAUGGCUGCCAGAUCGCUGUUGCUUUGGCCGCUGCCAAGUCAGGAGAAGGACGCCCUGGCAGCGAGGACUCAGGCUGCUGAGUCAACUAUACAGGGAGGAGUUUAAGAAUAUACAAAGUUCAAAUUUGGACAAUUUGAAUCUGGACAGCAGUUUGUUUUUUUAAAAGCUGGCAAAUGUGACUUGAAGAGAACGUGCAUUUGAAAGGAAGAAAACACAUUAAUUAAUUGAUUUCCAAGUUUGCAGCACAUGUCAUGACAAUAUUCACAAUUAUUAGGUGUGAUUGCGUUACAGAAAAUAAAUUAAAACAGUGGAAUUUUUUUACCACAAUAUUAUAUAUAUUAUAUAAAGACAUUGUUUUAGUAAAUUACCUGUUUAAACUUUUUUUAUACUGCAUAUAGAUCUCUAUUUAAAAUAAAGUAGCAAAAAUUGCUCAAACCAGAAACAGUGUCAAGCAAUUCCAUUACCUUUCGAGGUAAUGAGGUAAUGGAAUUGCUUGACACUGUUAUUCAAAUUAUUAUGACUUUUGAUGAACGGCACGUAUUGUUUCAAAAUAUCUUAAGAUCCUUUAAAUCCAGUUAAUUGCUCAAAAUGACCGAUAAUGAAGAAGUUUUUGUUUGUAAUCUGAUUACUGUAAACUUAUUACGUUUUCUUUUACUACAAGUCCGCUAUGUGAGUUAACAAAGCUAAAGGACCACCACAUUACAUUACUGAAGUUCAGCUGUGUUUGGCUAAAAUACAGUGAGUUUCUUAGCUGUCCUUACAUUUUAAAGUACCUUUUAAUCACGGAAUGGUUAGAAGUGCCAUCGGCUUCCUUCUUCCCCAAACAUCAGUUGUUUUAUUUGGU